GAAUCACCCGGCUGAGAAUGUCGGAACCCCAAAAAAAAGAAACGUGGACGACUUCGGAAGACUCCCGCGGAUACCUCGAGCGAUGCGCAGGAACGAGAUCGGGCGACAAACCUCCGACAAUCCACGCGAAGCUCUCUGAAACGAGCUCAUUCGAGUCUGACGAUGCUCCAAGUUCCCAGCGUGCGAGGGGCAACGACCGCCCUAGUUGCAGGUGGUAAUGAGGUCGGUCAGCUUGGCAUGGAGCGCGCGUCGGCUUGCCGUUUCGUGCCGAUUACUGAUCUGCAAGAGAAGGUGCGUCGAUCGGACAGUUUCCCUAUUUCGCGCCUUGGGUCGAUACUCAUUCGGGAAUGUUCCCACCGAGCGAACCAGAGUUCGCUCCCGGCCCAAAACGUCGAUCUUAUUCCAGAUCGUGUCCUGUGCCGCUGGUGGAAUGCAUUCGUUGCUUCUCAGCGAACACGGGAAGAUUCUGUCCUUCGGUUGCAACGACGACGGAUCUCUCGGGAGGCUGACGGAGGAAGAGGAGGAGUGCUUCAAAGCCGCCGUGGUCCACAUUGAAGGCGAGACGGUUUCGAAAAUUGCGGCUGGUAACAUUCAUUCCGUAGCUUUGACCACCGACUGUCACGUUUUCAUUUGGGGGAGCUACCGGGAUAAUUCCGGAGCUUUCGGCAUCUCUCCGAAGAAUCCAGAAUUCAUUUCGGAACCCAUGAAAUUAUCCUUGCCCGAUUCCAUCACUGAUAUCGCAUGCGGUGCGGACCAUACUUUAAUGCUGAGCCAGGAGGGCGUCAUCUACACCAUGGGGAUCGCAGAACAAGGGAGACUCGGGCGGAUAAGAAAAUCCCAUUGUUGCCGAGAGAAUCGCCGUGCGCGUCAGACGAUGCUGACACCGCUUCCCAUGAGGGUUCGACGCUAUCGGAAGCCCGUGUUGUUCGACGGUAUCUGGGCCGGUCGCUUCAGCGGUUUCGCGCGAAGCGUCUCCGACGGCCGCAUAUGGGGUUGGGGCCUGAAUAACUAUCAUCAGCUGGGCGAAAUCAACCCAGAUGACCACGAGGACAAUUUCGUUUAUCAGCCGGUUGAGCUAGCCGCUUUCGAUCCCAAGAAAAGAUGGACUCAAAUAUGCGGAGGUGAACAGCACACGUUGGCGCUGGACAGCGAAGGAACCGUAUACUCCAUGGGGAGACCUCUCUACGGCAGACUUGGACUCGGACCGGCCGAUGCGAACGAUCCCGAUGUCACGAAACUAACGCCUGUGCCCGGCCUGGAGGAAUGCGUUGUCAGCAUAGCGGCUGGAGAUAAUUGCAGUUUCGCAAUCCACAAAAGUGGUCAGCUCUUGUCUUGGGGUCAAGGAACCAACAUGCUCGGUCAGGGCGAUCGCGAGAUUGCGAAAGACAUCGAUCUAUACGUUCCGACUCAAUGCGCUUCGAAGCACCUCAAAGACAAAACGACAAUUGAAAUCGCAGCCGGAUCGCACCACGCCAUAUGCAUCGCCAGUGGUUGAAGUCGAAAUAGCUGUCAUGAUACAAAUCGGACGACAUGCUUAGGUACACAUCAUAUUUGAGAAAUUACUUGUCGAUGGCAUUCAUAGCGACGCCCCGCAGGGCUCGCCCGCGCAGACUCAUUGUUCAGUCCUCCUUCUUUGUUUUUAGCGUUUUUUCCCAAGUGCUUGGCCCGUUCCAACACCGAUAGGCUCUGGUUGGUUUUUCGGAAGGAAGAUUCAUCUGGGUUGGCUUCCCCUCUUACGGCAGUGUUUUUAAUAAUGGAAAUUCGAGCGAGUGAUAUUCUUGGUGCUAGGCGGCUUCGAAUUUUAUAGUUUUCCCAGGAAUGAAUAUCAAAGUCCUCGACGGCAGAAGCUACCGCGCGAUAGAUUC